ACUUUCUUCCCUUUUCUCAUUACUUACUUCUCUUCUUCAACCUCCCCUUUCCCUAAACUCGUUCUUCACUAUAACAUCACCAAUUCGCUAAACUAAAUAUAAAAAACUUCGUAUUUCAAAUCCGACGCCGUUUUUAGAUGGAUUUUGCCAGCCAUGAUGAACCACCUACCUCGAAUAUUCGGCCAUAGAAAGAAGCAAGCCUCCGACAACAUGGACCCGACGACAAAGAACAAGAAGAAGAGUAAGAAGAAGCAGCAGCCCAAACUCGAGCGCCGCAACGCCUCCAAUCACUUCGAAUACGACGCCGGAUCGUCGUGCUCCUGGCGCGGCGGCGACGAGAAGGACGCUUCCGUCUCGACGUCGUCGUCGUCGUCGUCGUCGUUGCAUUGCACACGCUCGAUGGACCUCUACGACCGCACGAGCUUCCGAAUUGAGGGCGUGGAGGGCGAGUUCGACCGGAUUUGCCGCAGCCUCGGCCUCUCCGGCCCCGAGGACUUCUCCAUUCCGGCCGCCGCUUGGGAGGCCAUGAAGCUCCGCUGCUCCUCGGACCUGCUUCCUCGCCGCCCCAAGCACGGCGGCGAUGAAUUCGACGAAGAGGCGAAGGAGAAAGAGGAAAUUGAAGUUGUCGAGAGCGAGGAUCGAGCUAGGGUUUUGGAUGAAUGUGUUGUUUCUGCUGAGAGCAGUGGUUGCUGUGGUGGAAUCAAGGGUUUUCGGCCUCCGAUGCUGAAGCCGCCGCCGGGAGUUAGGGUUUCGGUGGUGGACGACGCCACGUGUUCCACGUGGGAUUUGAUGCGGGAUUUUGCGCCGAAUGGGGAAGGAGAAGGGAAGGAUAGUUACGUGGAGUUAAAUUCUUCUGAUGAUGAAGAUGAUCAUGAGCGAGUAGAGAAGGAAGAAGAGGAAGAUGAAGAAGAUGAAGAAGAAGAAGAAGGGGAAGUUGGUGGAGUGAGGGAGAAGAGUGUAGAAGAGGAAAAUGCGGCGAGGAUUGCGGAAAUUGUGGAUGAUUUUUCAGGGUUUUCUACUCCGAACGAAGAUGAUUCUUCAAGCACUACCACGGGUCCUAGGUCUAACAGUAUAUCUCCCAAUGGGAGAAUCAAGCGUGUUAUUACCGCGGGUAAUUGGCAGAAGGGUGACCUGUUGGGGCGGGGUUCGUUUGGUUCUGUUUAUGAAGGGAUUUCUGAAGAUGGAUUCUUUUUUGCUGUCAAAGAAGUGUCACUACUUGAUCAAGGGAAUCAUGGAAGGCAAAGUGUAUAUCAACUGGAACAGGAAAUUGCACUUUUGAGUCAAUUUGAACAUGAAAAUAUAGUUCAAUACAUUGGCACCGAAAUGGAUGCAUCAAAUCUGUAUAUCUUUAUUGAGCUUGUAACCAAAGGUUCCCUUCGAAACCUUUACCAGAGAUAUAAUCUUCGAGAUUCUCAAGUAUCUGCCUAUACAAGACAGAUUUUGCAUGGCUUAAAGUAUCUUCAUGAGCGAAAUAUUGUUCACAGGGAUAUUAAAUGUGCAAAUAUAUUGGUGGAUGCAAACGGAUCUGUUAAGCUUGCAGAUUUUGGAUUGGCAAAGGCAACCAAAUUGAAUGAUGUUAAGUCAUGCAAGGGAACAGCAUUCUGGAUGGCCCCAGAGGUUGUAAAAGGGAAAAGCAGAGGUUAUGGGCUUCCAGCUGAUAUAUGGAGUCUGGGAUGUACUGUGUUGGAGAUGUUAACGGGCGAAUUUCCAUACUCUCACUUAGAAUGUAUGCAGGCUUUGCUUAGAAUCGGAAGAGGUGAGCCACCUCCUGUGCCUGAUUCUCUUUCAAGAGAUGCACAGGAUUUUAUCAUGCAGUGUCUAAAAGUUAAUCCAGAUGAACGUCCCGGUGCUGCUCAACUCUUAAACCAUACCUUUGUCCAAAGGCCACUACAUUCCCAGUCCUCUGGUUCCACAUCUCCUUAUAUUAGAAGGGGUUAAACUUGUCACCUCCAACUAUGAAACAUAAUGAAGUUGCUAGAGUUGGUCUCGGGUGCAUUGUCAUAACAAUAGUUCAUUGUAUUGUGCCUUCAGAAUUGCUUGCUUGUAACUUAAUUUUUUAUGCACUGCUUUGAACCUAGCAAUGGAUAUGGUACUCCAGAGAGAUAACUCACCCUUUGGCUUGAAUGUCAUAUUUGAGAAUUAUGGUCCACGUGUUAUCUAAUUAAUGUGAUAAUUUGUCUCUGUUGUAGCAGUGUAAAAUAUCAACGUCAAGCUGUAACAGGUUGUCCUCCGAGUCUUCUUCCCCUUUUGUUUAAUUAGCAUAUGAAAGAAUUCUUAGGCUAAACCUUUGGGAGCAGUAGUAACAAGAGGAUUAGAUAUCAUGUUAUUUGUACAUAUCACCUUUAUUAGUAUUAGUAUGCAAUUGUUUGUGUACAUCUUUAUUUUGUUCCCAGUUUCAUCUGUUUUCUUUUAUCAUUUCACGCUUUUCGUUCUGUUGCGUAUUUAAAUUUUAAACAAGCGAUGUAAUAAAUGGGGUGUUCUAUGUUUUCUAUCA